AUGGGGCCCACGACACCAUGCCCCUUUCCCACGGUUACAGCUGCUAUCCGCCAUGCCACCCGCAACUACCCAGCAUCGGUCGCUGCCAUUGACCUCUCUCAGGCCGACAAUCGCCGGGAGAUGUUGUACAUGGACCUGGAGAUCCGCGGCCAACAGCUAGCUCGACGCCUCCACACGGCUGGAGUUGGCCCAGAAAAUCGAGUGCCACUAGUUGUAAAACGCAGCAUCGAGAUGCUCGUUGGCAUCUACGCUAUCUUGCUAUGCGGUGCCCAGUACGUCCCAUUGGACGGCGGGGUCGUGACCCAGGCCGCCUUGGAGACGGUCAUCUCACAAUCGGGUGGUGGUUUGGUUGUUUGCACCAAGUCUACGCAGAAACGCCUACAGAAGACAGAUUCUGACACAGUUCGGGGAUGCCGCCUAAUGUGUAUCGAGGACGCAGUCGAAACCGAAGACGAGGGGAAACUCGACCCUAUCGAUCUCGCCACGCCCCAGAGCGGGUGUUACGUGAUUUACACAUCCGGUUCGUGGAAUUCCUACAGUCAAGUUGCUAGCCAGGUGCCCGGGCGAGGAGAGGCUAACUUUAGAGCAGGGACAACAGGGACACCCAAAGGAGUUGAUGUUACACAUUCCAACGUAGCCAACCUGCUGCCUGGGAAAUUCUUGGCUGUCUCUGCAAUGGCGGAACACUGUGCCUUUAGCAUGGUAAAACUUGCGGACAAGUGGGCAACACACGGAACCUACUACAACUGUUGCGGGCCAACCGAGACUACCAUUGUUAACACCAUGCUUCGACACGAGCCAGGUAAACAACUGACGAUUGGAACGCCUACGCCAAACAACUCGGUUUACAUAUUGGACGAUGAUCUCAAGCCGGUUCCCGUCGGUGGAGUCGGGACACUGUGGGCCGGAGGUCGAGGAGUUACCAGGGGCUAUGUCGGCAUGCCGGAGAUGACGGCUACAAAAUACCGCAAAGACCCAUUUGCCCUCGACGGGUCCAUGAUGUACAACACAGGGGAUCUUGGGAGGUGGCUUGAAUCCGGGGAAAUCGAGAUUAUGGGCAGAAAGGACGACCAGUCACAGGGGUUUCGGAUUGAACUCGACGGCGUCGCCCAUGUCGUGGCGGCGGCGCCUGGCGUCCAGAACGCCUACGCGAUGCUCAUCGACGGAGAUAUCCACGGCUUCCUCCACCCCGCAGACUGCAACUCGCGGGAGGUCAUGCAACACUUGGAGCAAGUUCUCCCGUAUUACUCGCGUCCGAAACACCUUCACGGCCUCGACCACAUCCCCCUCACGCAAAAUGGGAAGAUUGAUAAGGCCGCCCUGCGAACAAUUGUCAUGGAAGGACACGGACAGGAUCUCAUUAUGCCGCCCGGACAGGACACAAGCUCUUACGCGCCAUCUACAUCGACCCGGUACAAUUCGGACCAGGAAGCUGGGGUGGUCCACGUCAAGGAGAAAAACUCCACCACGUCAAUCACGAUGGCGUCCAGCACCACCACCCUCGACAUCGUCAAGCCGGAAGAAGAUACGACGAGCUUCGACCUCGAAGCCGACCUUCCAAACAAAGACAGGGCAAAGUUCUUCCGAAACCUUGUGCACCGCGCUUUCAUCCCUUACCGUUUCCUGCUUAUGUUGGUAUACCUGGGCAACAUCGGGGCGUUGGUUUCCCUGUAUGUCAACGGCAUCAAUCGCCCCUGGAUCGGAAACAUGGUCGCCAUCAACCUUCUCAUCGCGGUACUCAUCCGCCAGGAUAUGGUCAUCAACGUGCUGUACACAAUUUUCUGCUCGGUCCCCAAGAGCUGGCCUCUCUGGAUCCGGGCGUCCUGCGCCAAGAUCUACCAUCUCGGGGGCGUCCACGCCGGCGCAGCCACAUGCUCCUGGUUCUGGCUGCGGCGGGUGGCUGUCGACGCCGAGGUCCUGUCAGACCACGCGGUGCGGCUGCACUUUGGCUACACGGUGCCCGUCAACGGCACCUUCACUCGCCUGUCCUUCCGCCCGCUGAUCGAGUGGCACUCGUUCGCGACGGUGCCCGCGCCGGACCCGGUGCGUGGCCGCCCCGCGGGCUACUCCCUCGUGGUGUCUAACGCGGGGGACUGGACCAAGGCGUGCAUCAAGAAGGGCCCGCAGAGGAUCUGGGUAAGGGGGGUGCCGACGUGCGGGGUCAUGAGGAUCGCGACGCUGUUUAAGCGGGUGGUGGUCGUGGCGACGGGGUCGGGGAUCGGGCCGUUGUUGGGGCAUAUUCAGCAGCCGAGCUGUGCGACGGCGUGUUUGUGGAGUACUAAGGAUCUGGUCAAGACGUAUGGGGAGGAGUUGGUGGAUGCCGGUGAAGAGCCAGAUUCCGGGCGCGGUGAUCUGGGAUACUUCGGCUCAAGGACGGGCGGAUAUGCUCAGCUGAGCUACAACCUGGCGCGCAGCUUCAAGGCCGAGGCGGUAUCCUACAUCCCUAGCUCCCAGGACAAUGAGGAACGGGACUAUUACGGAAUCACCGUGCCACUAUCCCUCUAA